AUGGUCACCAAAGACAACAAAGGGCUAGUGUUACCCUUGAGAGUGGAGUAUGAAGUAAUAGAUGAUUUUAAAAAAAGUUUAGCAAAGAGACCCUGGGAGUACCUGGAGGAGGGGAACUACGAGAAGUACCUGAAGGUGUCGGAAAAGAAGAAGGAUGUGUCGGCGCACAGGAAGGAGCUGAUCGGAGUGUACACGGAGAUACUGAGCCUGCUGAAAGAUAGGCAAAACCACAUUAACCUGCAGUUUGUGGACCCUAAGUUUGAUCUGGUGAAGCACGACUUCAAGUGCAUUUGCAAAAAUACUCUCAAGUUUAAAUACACACUGGACCUGGAAGAGCCAGUGGAGGAAGGACUGAAUAAGCAGAAGACGACGAAACUGAAGGAGGUAACUGGGCACGAAAUCGAUGUGGAAGUUAGGGAAUUGGAAUUAGAGGGGAUAGACGGGUCGGACAAACAUGAGAAGACGGUGAUUGUGUCCUCGAGAGCAGACUCGGAAAUAAACAAUGAGCCAAAGGACCCAGUUGUCGAAAAGUACUUUGAAACGUCAAUUUCGAGGACCGGAACUAAGAUAGAAAGGACGGGAACGACACUGAUGAAACGGAAAUCCACAUUCGACGUCACCGACGAUGUUAAAAGCUACGAUAAACAGUCCGAUGGGACUUCGGAACCAGUUUAUAAGGCGAGUGCGAGUAGGAACUAUGAAACAGGUAAGAAGGAGGAAUCGCCUAAGAUUGAGCCAGACCUUUCGAAGAAAAUGACGUACAACUCAGAGUACCUGAUGCAGUUGCCCUCGUUGGACAUAGAAACACUGCACGCGAACAAGCAGCAGCCAGGAGGCAUGAAGAGGCCUAAGAAGGGAGGAGAUAAGAAGCGAAAUAAGGGCUCCAAAGAUGAUGGGGAAGGAAAAGGGAGGAGAGAGCCGAUGAAGGCAGUGUCAGGCAGCGGAGAACGCUCAGAAAAACCCAGACAGAUAAUAGGAGAGAAGAUGGAUAAGAAGCCCUCAGGAGGAAAGCCGAGGUUUAACACGUUGGAGCAGGCAAUAGUGGACGAUAAAAUCAGCCACCAGCAGGCGGAGAUGAAAAAUGACUUGAUGCACCUGCUGGAGACAGUGCCAGUCUUCUCGGACCUGCCGAAGAGCAGGCUCGUGGAAAUAAGCAAGCACUUCAAGCUGAGGUCGUACUUCACUAACAGCAGCAUCAUCCUGGCGGGAGAGUUCCCGCAGGAGUUCGUGAUCGUGGCCUCUGGGACAGUCUCGAGCUACAAGUACGAGAGCAACGCGCUCUUCAACGUCUACCAGAGGAGUUACCUCUGCUCAGACUACUUUGGAGAGCAGUUCCUGAUGAACGGCACGGCGAGCGAUGAGUUCUUCAUAGCAGACUCGCACGUGACAGUGCAGACGAUGAACGCGAACACGUUUAAGACGCUGCUGUCGGACCUGUUCGACUCGUUCAGAUACAGACUGAAGGAGUUCACAAACUACGGAGCGUGCAGAGUUAACACGAUUGCGGUGCCUAGCAGGUUCUUCACGAACGUGGAGAUAGACAAGUUUGCGUCAAACGAGGGAGUGGUGAAGGCGCACAGGGCUAUUUCGUCAGGGCUAGUGGAGUUUUUGGCGAAGUACCCGUUUCUGGCAGGAUUCAAAAACCUGGAAAAACUCUCAAGAAGGUUCAGCUACCACGAGUACUUGCAGAAGGAGAUACUGGAGGGGCUCGGGAAGAAGGAGAACCUGUUCCUGGUUUACCGCGGAGUGGUCUCGCUGCAGGUCUACGAGGAGGAGCUGAACAGUCAGCUGGAGCUGGUAGCGUUCCCGCCAGGGUCAUACUUCCUGACGUGCAAGUUCCACAGCGAAGUCGUGAGCUCCUUGAUGGAGAGAGUGUCCUUCGUGGCCAAGGAAAAGUUGGUGCUGCUCUGCCUGGAACAUAAGCACGUGGUGAAGUACCUGAGGGGGUCAGUGGAUCAAAUGGUCCUGUACCUGGAGAAUCUCUACAAGAGUAAGUACCUGAAGCUGGAGAAGGGCAACAUCAGCGAAGGUGGAACGUCCAGCGUAAAAUCGAGUGAAAAGUACUUCAACGACGAUACGUCCAGUAUCCAGAGUAGCAGGGAUGACGCCAGUGGACAAGUGAACGACGAGGGAAGCACGCUGUACAGCAGGGACAGUAACACGGCUUACAGCAAAGACUCCAGCGGAGGUGUGCAAAGUAAACAAGACACGAGUUCGUCCAAGAACGACACAGCUACGCAGCAUAGUAAGCAGGACUCUGAAAGUUUGAACGCUAUCACGUCCAGUGUGCAAGACGAUGAAGAGGACGAGGAUGUUCAUGAUGUUGAUUCUCAGGAACUGAGGACGGCAGUUGACGGGGAAAAGGAGCAGAUGGUUGUAAAGUAUGGAACUUUUGAAGAAAAAACAGGACAAAAGGACCUUGAAUUGUCACUUGAGGGAGAAAGGGAUUCUGAUGAAGCCCAGAAGGACUAUUCAAGAGGUUCGACUCUCAAGGAUGCGAGGCUGGCCACAAGGUCUUUUGAAAAACAGCCCGUUUCCACAGGGAGUUUCAGGUCCAGCCUUCAGGAAAGUCUCGAAUCGAGCAAGGUGGAAAGUUUUAAGUCGAGUCACUUUGACAGCUAUGAAUCGAGGAGGCUGGACACGCUAAAGUCACUCCACAUGGACAGCCUAAAGUCGAGUAGGCCCGGAAGCUCCAAAUUCUCAGAUUUUGGGGAGAGGAUUGUGUCGAGAAGGUCAAUGGAGGACCCAGCAGAGGUAUCCAUAAAAAGUUCAGUCCACGGUCAACUGGAUUCAGCGAGGUCCUCAGAAUUCGAACGAAUUGUAUCUAGGAGGUCAAUGGAAGAUCCUGCUGAAGUCUCUAUUAAAAGCUCAUCUCGCACGGAUUUAGAGAGCUCAAGGCAAUCUGACUUUGGAGCAAGGAUAGUAUCGAGACGGUCGUUUGAGGAACCAGCAGACGUGUCGAUUCAAAGCUCUUCGAGGACUGAUCUGGAAAGCUCAAGGCAAUCUGACUUUGGAGCGAGGAUAGUAUCCAGGAGAUCUUCAGUCCACAGUCAAUUGGAUUCAGCUAGGUCCUCAGAAUUCGAACGAAUUGUAUCUAGGAGAUCUAUGGAGGAUCCUGCAGAAGUAUCCAUAAAGAGUUCAUCCAGAACGGAUUUGAACAGUUCAUUGGAUAGUGUCAGAACACUAUCGAGUUCACAGCUGAGGGAGUUGCAGUCGUCGCUGUCAUCGAGUCAGCAGUAUUCGCCCGGCGAUGAAGGGAAGUCCUCGUUAGCGAGCGGAGUGAGACAGGAGUCACUGGGUAAAUCAUUGUCAAACAAGACAUUGCCAGACAGGGAGUCCUUUGAUAAAUACACAUUUGGAAACGCAUCAGUUGAUAAGAGUAGCAUCAAGGAUCCUGAAGUGUACGAUCAAUUCAUAAAGAAAAUAACGCAGGACUAUGAAAUGAUAAGGAAGAACACGCUGUUGGCGUCGCACAUGAACAUAUCAGACACGGAGAUAUCAUCGAGGUCGCAAAAGUCACACAAUGUUAGUGAGAGUAAACAGGCUACAGAGCCGAGUGGACCCGAAGAGUUAAAUAAGCAGUCAACCGGUGUUGAAGAGUCGGUUCCGAAAGGAGGUGCACAUGAAGAUGGUCUACCGCAGCAGCAAAGUAGUUUCAUGGAUAGCGUUAGAGGGCAGAGCAGCAGCCUGAAGGAGAGCAGCAACUUCGGCAAGGACAGCAAGGACAGUGACGUGAGCAGCGUGGCAAGUGACGUGAGGUUCAUAUUCAACCUGGAUAAACUGAAGGGUUCUAACGACCAGCAGCGCUCAGGCGAAGAUGGAACUGGCGUCGGGGAAGAGCAUGAAGGUGAAGAGAAGCCGGACAGCUCGAGAGUUAUGGGCAACGACAACUUUGUGGACAUAAGAUCACUGGCCCAAGGCUCAAAAGUUGGGAGGGCAGGCGCGAAUGUCGGAGGGUCGACUGCGCAUUCCGCCGGAUCUCAAGGCGUGUCGAAGGAGUUUGGAAAGGUGCCAUCGAACGCCCUGAAUGACGACAACCUGGCAUCCAGCAUUUUGUACAAAGAAAGGACUCAAAUGUCCGACAGGGUCGUGCACAGGCAGACCUCGUCGUCGUAUCUGAUAACGAGCAGGACGCUAAACGACUCAAAUCAUGUUAAAUCGUCUCUGGCAUCCCAAUCGCGUAAAUCGUCAAUAGAAAGCAUAAUAAGCAAGAGUUACCCGGGAGUGGAAGAGUCGAUCAAAUCAGUAUUGGAAACUAUGAGAACCAGAUCGCUAACUGGGGAAAGUGGGAAAUCUAUGGGCGAAGUAAGGGCAGAUCGAUUUCCAGGAGAUGGUAGUUUAGACGAUGAUGCGGUUUCGGAACAUCCCACUGGGUCAGAAGGUGCUGGUGCUCUGUCACGAGAAGCUAGUGGAGUAGUGGAAGACAGGCAGGAUGAGAAUAUCGACAAGUCGCCAUCGCUGGAUUUCGCAGAAGUCCCGAACUUGACUAAAAUAAUAUCCAGAGUGCACUCCCUGUACGUGAGUCCGGAGCUGGCGAGCCGUUCAGUGAGCGGAUCUAAAUUCUCAAGCAUCGAAGAAGUGUAUGUGCAGCUGGAUAAGAUUGAGAAGAUGUACCCAGGAAAAUCGCCAAUCAUGUCGAUCUCGCCGAAGAGUUCCGUGGAUAAGCACAAGUCAAAGGAAUUGGACAGGAAAUCGACAGAGUCGAGUUACGUGAAAUCAGAUAGCAAAGAAAGAAUAAAGGUGGACUCCGUAGAGGAUGGUAGUGUUCAACUAGAAAAAAUGCGUAGAGAUUCAGAAGUGCAAUCGGAUUUUGGUAAAUUGCACACCCGAUUAUCUUACUCCAGUUUGAACGGACUCACGAAUCUGUAUGAUUCGGAACAGAACAGAGACGACUCGUUAAACACAAACGAGACGAGAGAUGCCUACUCUAGUUACGUGGUGGGUCCUAACAAUGAGAAGGGUGACGUCAAAGAGGGCGUUACUGCCACUGAUCAAACGGACGAUUCCAAGCAGCAUACUGCAGGGGACUUGGAGGAUGGUGAAGUUAAAUCGCCGUUAAGCCUUGAUAGCAUAGUUGAUAGCUUGAGUGAGCGCCUGUCAAUGGAAAAUCUGAAACAAUCAUUAUCAAUAAACAGUUUUACGAGUGAUCUGUCAAUGAAGACGUUAACCAGAGAUUUGUCAAUAGAAAACCUGACGAGAGGAAUAUCCAUGGACACGCUGAGCGAGCACCUGUCUCUGGAAAAUAUUACGAGGGAACUGAGUAACAUAGGAAGCAGCAUAAGCAGUCAGCUGUCAGAAGCGUUUUCGUCAAAAUCGAGCGAAAACAACGAAGCUGAAGAAGAAAAACAGGAUGUGGAAAACGAAAAUGAAGGAUUCUCGCUCAAACAGACGUCGAAGCUGAUAAUCACGAGUAUAUUUGACAACAUACCGCUGUACAAAGAUAAGGAGAAGAAGGAUGGAGGUGAAAGCUCGCAAAAGGAGUCGGAACUGAGCGAAAAGGAAUAUGACCUUAAAAACGUGAAGGACGUGAAGAAGGAAGUGGAUGAGCUUCUGAGUGAAAAGAACGUGUUCAUAGACAAGUAUAAGCUCCUGAGUAGAAUAAGCUUCGAUUCUUCGCCAGUUACGCUGACGAGUUGCACAGACAAGGAAAGUGGCGGAAUGGAUAAAAGCAGCGUUGCAAGCAGCCACAAGAAGAGUAGUUUGAGAAGUGACGAGACGACAAGUUCGAGGAGCGACAUGGAGGAAGGUGUGAAAACGGGUGCUGGUGGUGAUGAAAGGAGUGCGCUGAACACGCCAGUCAUGGGCACAGAUAAAAUGGAGACGGAAAGUUCACUGAGUUCGGUAAAGCAAGAGCCUUUGCUUAUCACAAGUGGAAGUUCACGCCUAACGAGUGAAAGUGCGCCACUGACGAGUGACAAUACAGUCCUAACGAGUGACAAUGAAGAUAAAUUUAGUUUAGCGACCACGGAGAAGGAAGAAAAGGACAGUUUGGAGGGUUCGGAAAAAACGAACACUGUAGCUGGUAUGGAAAAGGAUAGUUUGACGAGUUCGGAGGGAGGAAACACGCUGGCGAGUUCAGAGAAGGAUGAAAGGGAAAGUGUGAGUAGUAGCGAAAGGCAAGGAUUUGAUACGAGUGAGAGAGAAAGUGAUAGGGGAAUUGACAGAUUAAGUGAAAGUCAAACUGAAAAGGAGUUUAACACGGAAAAGGAUACGAACACAGAAAAGGAGUCGAUCACAGACAAAACAUUGGAUGGCAGCCUCUCGAACGAAGAUGGAAAUUCAGUAGUGUCACUGACGUCGGAAAACACGUACACGAGUAGGAAAACGAGCAGCGUCAGUAGCAGGACGAGCAGCAUGGAAAGCUUUAACACAAAGACGAGUAGUAUGACGCCAAGCGGUGACGGACUGGAAAGUAGAAAUAGCAGUCUUGAAAGUAGAAGCAGCAGAGCAGGAGACUCAGAUCACUCAAGACAAGGAGAAGGAAACGAAGGAAGUAGAGCUGGAAGCGUGGAUAAUAAUUUGGAAUCGAGUGAACAGAACGAAGAGGGCUCGGAUUAUGAAAAUGGAACGGAAGAAGAUGGCUACGAAAGCAACGGAAAUUACGAAAGUGAUAAUAAGUAUAGCGACAAGCACUACGGCCAGCACGAACGUGAUGGAGAUGAAUACGGGUAUGAUCUACACCACAGAGAACAGGAAUACUACGGGGAUCACGGAGACUACGGGCAUCAUGAAAGGCUGGAAAAGUACGACGAAGAAGACGACGAUUUCGACGAGGAAACAGUGGACUCAGACGAGGAUGAGGAUUACGAGUACGACGAGGAGACGAUUCUGAGCAUAAAGAACCUUCUGAUGUCGACGCUGAAGAAUAAAUAUAAGUCGCUGGGACCCUCGUUCGUAGCAAUGGAUUACGAAAAGACGGGAAAGGUGACGAGAGAAGUGUUUCUGGGCUUCAUCGAAAAGCUGGGAAUAGGAGCGAUCGACCACAGGGAGCAGAACCUGAUGUUCGAGCUGCUGAAAGAGGAAGGGGAGGAGUACAUAACGUUCUCGUCCUUCUACAGCUGCAGCGGAGAGUCAAUAGUCACCGUGGCGGAGCUGAACCAGCACCUGGCGUCAAUAUACGGCAGCAGCAGGCUGGCGUUCGAAAGGUUCUUCGCGCCGCUGAAAAAGUCGACCAAGUGCACGAAGGAAGACUUCGGAGCAAUGCUGAGCCAGGCAGGAAUAGGAGAGGAAAGAGCGAUGAGGCUGUUCGACCAGCUGGACGUGUGUAGGACCGGCAGCGUGACAGUGUUCACGAUGCUGAAGAUGAUCGUGGGCGACUGGGAGGAGGCUGAGGCGCGGGAGUACGAGGAGAAGCUGAACACGAACCUGAGCAGGCUGCUGACGUACCUGAGCCCAGACUCGGCAGAGGACUUCAACAGUGAGUUCAGCAGGACGCUCUCGAGCCACUUCUUUGACCCUGGCGCCGAGGGCGCGCUGGUGACGGCGGCCUACGAGGAGUUUUACAUAGACAGGGACCUCAAGUUCUUCGACGCACUCGCCGCAAUCUUGGACGAGCACAAGGAGUUCAGGGGAAUAUCGCUCGCGCAGAAGAGGUUUGUGGUGUCGCAGUUCAACAUAAUCGACACGAGCUUCGGACUCUACGGGAGCAGCGACCACUACAGCAGCGCCCUCGAGUCGAACCUGGAGCAGGGAGAGCCGCACGACGUCACGCUCAUAUCGAGCGGAGAGCCCGACCCGCCUCUGGUGGCGCUUCUGAGCGGGAGCCUGGACAUGAAGUUCGACGGCUUCACGUACCCGAAAACCGCAGCGCUGAGCUCGCCGUGCCUGGCCAACUAUGAGCAGCUGCUCGCGUGCGUAGACAGGUACGCCAACUACAGCUUCAGGGAGGGCGCGGACGACCAGGCCUUUGCCGGCUGCGGCUACAGCAUCAGCUUCAGGGUGGGGGCCGGUCUGAAUACUGUGGUCGGCAUCAUGCCGAUGACCAGCUACCUCUACAACGUCCUGCCGCUGCUCGAGGAGAGGCGCAGGAAGUUGCCGGUGAUCCUCCAGUUCCUCAGGUGCGUGCAGAGCUUCAGCGCGUACAUUGCCGAGGAGCUCGAGCGCAUCGCCGGGGCGUGCACGGUGCGCCACUACAAGCUGCACGAGACUGUGGCCAGGGCCGGCGAGCUUCCCUCUCACUUUUACGUGGUUUUCGACGGCUCCCUGAGUGUGAGCAACGACUACAACUUUGAGCUGAAGUGCCUUUCGAAGACCGACCUGUUUUUCUCCUACGACAUCGUCAACAACAAGCCCAGCAGCUUCACGCUCAACGCGAACGGUAACUUGGUGCUGCUGAGUUGGGAGAGGAACGAGUUUUUCCGCGUCUUUCCGAGGUUCGCGGCUCUCGUCGAGGCCGACGCCUGCAACCUUGGCGACCCGAGCAACCUGACUCUCCAGAAAGCCAUCGACACCAGGGUUUCAUUUGCUGACUAG